CCGCCCAGAAAUCCGACAACAAGCUUCACCAUGAAGUUCCUCAAGGUCGGCCGCGUCGCCAUUAUUACCCAUGGCCGGUACGCCGGAAAGAAGGUUGUGAUCAUCCAGCCCGUCGACAGCGGCAACAAGGCGCACCCCUUCGGCCACGCCCUCGUUGCGGGCAUCGAGCGCUACCCCUCCAAGAUCACCCGCCGCAUGUCCAAGGCCCGCCAAGAGAAGCGCUCCAAGAUCAAGCCCUUCGUCAAGCUCGUCAACUACAACCACCUCAUGCCCACCCGUUACACCCUCGAGCUUGAGGGCCUCAAGGGCACUGUCACCAACGACACCUUCAAGGAGCCCAGCCAGCGCGAGGAGUCCAAGAAGACCGUCAAGAAGGUGCUCGAGGAGCGGUACACAAGCGGGAAGAACCGGUGGUUCUUCACCCCUCUGAGGUUCUAAAUAAAAAACACUGGGAAGAAGGGAAAACCAUUUCUACGCGCGUCACUGGGAAUGGGGAGUUGGUCUGGCUUGUAAAGAGCAUCACUCACAAUUGGCAUUUUGAGAUCCGCGGUUAAGGACCUCACAACAUGAACCUAAAUGAAGACUUCAUGAUACCUUUGUUUGGAUCUGCGCUGUUGUCCCUCCUGCUGUUGGUGAACCCGGGGAUUGUGGUGUCAUGCAGCCGCUCUUGUGCACAUGCUCCCAUUCUGUGAUGUAGCAUGGUGUAUUGUCCAAACGGAUGCCCAUGGGAUGGACGUGCGACCAGGAGUCUCGUAGCCCGGUCCUCGAGAGAUUAUGUUGUAGAGUGGAAGUAUUCAUCGGUUACUCAAUGGCGCUCCAGGAUAAUCGGCCGACCUUGUUUAGUUUGACAGAUUAUCUAUAGUCUCGGGCUUAUAGACUAUGGACCAAUAUCAUAGAAAAACAAGGGAUUCAAUGGGGAGA